AUGAAGAUCGUGCGCUCAAGAACUCCACGUUGGAGGCAUUGCGAGAUCCAGCAAAGUGACCUGCAUCCCGCUACAUACGUUGACGAUGGGAUUGUCAUUGUAAAUGAUGGCCCCGCUCUCCGCUUUCCCAAAGCACAAGGUACGACGCACGAAACGUACUUUUUCGACAUAAAGGCACUCGGCAGCAUAUUUCCGGAGCUGGCCAGGAUCCUGGAGGUGGAACAUCCGCGCAAGGUGGUGCACUACAGCCAUCGCAUCGCCGAUCAUAUGCACCACAAGCACCGGCUCACCUUGGGCGGAAUCUGCGACACCUUUAUGGCCCUGCCGGAGGCUAUAUCCCUGGUCUUUAGCCUACCGAUGGAGGACCUCCUCUGCGAGGAGGUUAUUGGCGCCAGCGAAUCGCGGCGGAACUUCACUGCUCGCCUCCUGAGCCGCAGUCAAAUGAGGUACAUUGCCAGGAUGGUCCAGCUGCAACACUUAAUGCACGACCGCUUGAUUUACGGCAGCAUUUGCGAGGAGGUGCAGCGCAUGCCCUUGGCGUUCAGACACAACUACUCGGGCUUCCGAUCGUGCGAUGUGGCCAUCAACAUGGGACCCAGCAGUCGCUUCGGAUUCCACCUCAUAGAUCCCGCCAACCGAAGAAUAACGCUGCCCACGCCCGACGAAAUCGAUCGGCAAGAGUUGGAGCACAAAAAAAGUCGCAACUAACUCAGGUCGAUACAAAAGGAGCCAAGACUCUAUAAGUCACCUGCAGAAUAUUGGUUUAAAAUCCUUACCUUAUAUAAAUAGGUCCAUCCCUUCGCAUGCUGGCAAUCUCGCGGGUUUGCAUGAACUGCUUUUUUAUUUAGUUAACUUAUUUUAUAUGUACAAGUAGUUCGGCAUAGACAAGUUAAAUAAAAAAUGCAUAGGGAUCAUAAUAAA